CUGAAUACCACAGUGCAAAGACAAAACACCCACGGCCAUUGUCUCAGGCAGAAGUUCUCCUGGACCAAACUUUUAUCUGCAUAUCUCUGUUAAAUCAUUUUUUUGAAAUGGCUCAUUUGCUGUUCUUCGUGUCGUUUGUUUUUUCUUGGCCUCUCUGGUUGGAUGCUGAAGUGGUUGAAGACUUUGAAACUUGUAAUCAGUUCUUCUACAAUAAUAUCGAACCAACAGGAUUAGAUCCAAAUUAUGUCAGAAUAUGUCAGAAAUACAAUGAUAAAUAUGACUUUGCUACACUUUAUAGCACUGAUAAAAGGAUACCAAUUUACAGUGCUUACCAAUUCAAUUUUGAUCCAUGUGAGAGUACAGCCAGACCCCAAACAUGGUUUAUUGAACCUCAGCUUUCUGGUGAAGAGGAGGAAAACAUGAUUCAUCCAGGACAAAACAAAAACGCCUACAAAGAGAGACAAGCCAUCAGUGAUUUUUAUGUUCACACAGACUUUAACUGUAGCCAGCUGAACCCAAGCGAAUACCAGUGUAAUAAAGAGCGAAUGACCACUUUCACGCUCACUAACGCAGUGCCCCUGGAUCAAUGUUUCAAUCGAGUUCAGUGGCAGAAGUAUAAGGAUUGGGUUAAAAGCCUAUUAAUGCCUUUUGCUGGCAAAGGAACAGCAUACUUUGUUACUGGUGUGGUUCCUUCCGGUAAACUGAUACCAGAAAAAGAAGUGCACACUGAAAACAUGGUGUGGGACUUCAACAUGGUCGCGGUGCCCAGCCACGUGUGGACAGCUCUGUGUUUUGAUGCUGUGGAUCCAGAGGACUCAUUUUCCAUAGCCUACAUGGGUGAGAACUUGCCCCAUGGUACAAUAGAGUCCUUUACAGUCGAGCAGCUAGUUAAAAGGUUAAACAAACACUACAAUACAACUGACUUGAGCAUCUUUGACAAUAACUGCUCUAAUCCGAAAGACAGGGAAAUGUUGGUACAGUUCAGCUUCAAUGUUUUUAUCCCUGACUCUCUGAAGAAAGCUGUUACAGACAGUUUCAGCUCAAAGGCAAAAAGUAAAUGGGAGAGUAUCCUAUUUAAAAAGUUAACGCAAGAAGGUACCUUGUAUUUUUCUGACAGCGUUUUUAUAGAGGACAUAAACAUUGAAAUGAAAUACAGAAAUAGGCAGGAUUGGUUUCAGGGCAAUGAACAAUUAAAGUCAGCUGAAAAUGAGGCCUGUGUACUUAAAGCCAAAACUAACAAGGAACAUAGCUCAGACACGGCUCAGUAUGUCUGUACUCUCGUCCCAGAAAAAUCUGCCACAAAAUCUAUUAUUACCGCAGAUGGUACUCGGUGCUUGGAAGGUGAAACGUGUGAAAUAAUAGAUGGUAACAGACAAUGCAACACAGAAAAUGGGAAAAAACUAUGCUGUGCAACUCCAUGUAUGUAUAGUCAUGAGAGAAAGAGUUUUACCUGUAGCUCUUUCAGUGAGAUGAUUGUAUGUUCCCCCCAAUAUUCAACUGUGACUAUAAAGGGCAAGUCCUGCCUCCCUGAUCAGGAGUGCGCUACCUAUGAGAAAUCGUAUUAUUGGUGUCACACACCGGAUGGGUCGUGGGAUUACUGUACUCCCCCUUUAGCCUCAGGUACAACUCUCAAAGGGAAACCAUGUCAUCACGACCAUGUAUGUGGUACCUAUGGAAAGUCGUAUAAUUGGUGUUACAUUGACGACAAACAAUGGGAUUAUUGUUGUACUACAGAAGAUCCGCAUGAGGCAACAAAUGGUAAAUUGUGUCGAUCUGACCACAAAUGUGGUGCAUAUGGUAAAGAUUACAACUGGUGUUACACUGAUGUUAAUGAUAAUUGGGAGUACUGCUGUACACCAUAUGUGUAAUACAAAGGUGACAUUAUCCCUCCAAACAUUGUUAUUGUCAAACUAGAUGUAAAUUUCAUACCUUCACACUAUACUGAGGGCUAUGAAGUUUCCAAAAGCAUGUCAACCAAUGCUUUAAAAUAACAGUUUCUACAUUGUAUUGGUUUUAUUAACAUUACUCCUCGUCCCUAUUAAGGGGGGGGGGGGGUUAAAUUAAUCUGUUUCAGUCUGGUUGUAACCAGGAAUAGUUUUAUAAAUCAUAUCUUUUUCCUGCAUUCAAGUAACCUAGCUGCACUGAGUAAAGGUGUAUUUUUUUCCCUGGCUAAACCAGGUUUAUCUGUUCUUGUAGACUACCUUUCAGUUUACAGUCAAUAAGCAAAGACCUACCAUUCUCUGUAUUUAUCUGUGUGUAACCAGAUAAGUGGAUUAUUAUGUGCAGUCUGUGCUGUUGCUUCGAAGACGGCAAGCUCCCAUCACGCUUUUUCUCUCACUUGAGUUACUAGUUCUGCACUACUCUGGAAAUGUUUUUUCUGUGAGUAAUAUUUGUGGACUGGGACUGUGACCAACUACGCUAACUUUCUUGGAUACUGAUUAAAUAAACAGAUAAUUAUUUUA